AUCACUUAACCUCAAUUGUCUCACCAAAAACAAAACAAAACAAAACAAAACAAAUAUACACAGCCAAUGGUGUAGAGCCUGGUUUCUUAAAGGGAAAAGACCCCUUAAGUGCAGGAAAGCUAAAAUCGCACAGUUGGGAGUGGAAAAGAUGGGUUUUUGAGCUCAGGCCUCAAGUCUCAAGAAUCCAGUAUGUGUUCCACUCAGCCAUGCUGCUCUUCAAACUAGCCAGAGCUUUCUGACUUGCUUCUCUUUUCACUAGAAUGUCCAAUGUUUUCAUUGAUUUGACUUUCAAGGGGGCUUGAAUUGCCAGGAGCACUCACUCAGCUUGACAGGCAUGUCUCUUCUUAGUAAAAUAAAACUGUCAGCAUUCUAGCCUCCAAGUCAGUCUCUUGUGAAUGUGGGACAGGGCAGGGCAGGGCAGUGAGGAUCCUCUGCCAGAUGAUCUGAGUUUGAACUCACCUCUGAUACUUACUACCUUCUUGACCUUGAACAAUUCACUUCUGUUUCCUCCUCCAUAAAAUGAGAAGAUUGAGCUCGUGACCUCUGAACUCCCUCCCAGCUCUAGCUCUAGAAUCUUAAGAUGGUCCCACCCAGCCUCAUCCAAGACAAACCGAUGAAAACUGUUGUUUUGAGUUUGCUGACCCAAGGUAGUAGUAGUAGGACAAGCCCAGAGCCCAAGUUAAAGCAAAUUCUUUGAGCUGCAUUGUUAUAGAUCUUUUUGUGGGAGGGGAUGUUCUCUCCCCCUGAAGAUGUCAUGGCAGGCCCGGCCUCUUUCUUUUAAAAAAUAUUUAAAAAAUAAAUUUCUGCAAGUAUUUACCUUUCUUGAAAUGAACCCUAGGAAAUCUAUCCAUAAAAGAAAUCGAAGUGUCCCCUAGAUACCUUAUACUGCGUCAACCUGACAAGACAAUGAAAAUUUAUUUCCUCAAGGGUGGAAAAAAAACAACCCAUCGGGGAAAACCCCUGCAGUUCUUGUAAAGAUGGCUGGUUAUUCCACCUGAGCUGAUAAAGUGUUGUUCCAAGGAGGAGCACUGAUUCACUCAUUCACGUGAUUCAUAUAUGAUUCACUCAUUGCAUUCCUAAAAGACUGUUGGGAAGACUUGCAUUUUUAAACCCAGAUCCCCAACCCAGAAGCAGCCAGUCACUAUUCUGGCCAGGCACUAGAUCCUGAAGUCCCUUCACAGAAACCAAGUGGCCUCCCUUGCUCCUCUGCCUAGAGAGAAACUGCAGACCAUCCAUAUCCAAUGGGGAACUGGGUGGUUAACCACUGGUUCUCAGCUGUGGUUCUGGUUGUUUGGCUGGGGCUAAACGUUUUCCUGUUUGUGCACGCUUUCCUGACGUUUGAGAAGUCCGACAAAUACUACUACACCAGAGAACUCAUUGGGUCUUCACUAGCGUGGGCCCGGGCCUCUGCUCGCUGCCUGAACUUUAACAGUCUCUUGAUACUGCUUCCUGUGUGCCGGAAUCUGCUCUCGUUCCUAAGGGGCAGCUGCUCGGUCUGCAGGCGCACAUUGAGGAAGCAAUUGGAUCACAACCUCACCUUCCAUAAGCUGGUAGCCUACAUGAUCUGCCUGCACACAGUCAUCCACAUUGUUGCUCACCUGUUCAAUUUUGAACGGUAUAGAAGGAGCUGCAAGGCUGAUGACGACUCUCUGGCCUUCACCCUCUCUACUCUGUACCCCCAUGAGAAGGGAAGCCCGUGGCUAAAUCCCUUCCCCUCCUCCGACAUGACAGCAGAGCACUUGACCUUCACCAGCAUCGCUGGCCUCACUGGAGUGAUCAUCACCUUAGCUCUGAUCCUCAUGGUGACCUCAGCCACAGAGUUUAUCCGCUGGUGCUACUUUGAGGUCUUCUGGUAUGCUCACCACCUCUUUGUCAUCUACUUCAUUGGCCUCGUCAUUCAUGGAAUUGGGGGGAUUGUCCGAGGUCAGACAGAAGACAGCAUGAAAGAACACCCCCACAGCAAGUGUGCAGAGGAGUAUAAGGACUGGGGGGAGCACUGUCGACGUCCCCGGUUUGAAGGACUGCCUGCUGACUCCUGGAAAUGGGUUCUAGCCCCAGUCAUCCUAUACAUCUUUGAACGGCUCAUCCGGUUUUACCGCUCACGGCAGAAGGUGGUGAUUACUAAGGCCAUCCUGCACCCUUCCAGAGUACUGGAGCUUCAGAUGAACAAGAGUGAUUUCCGCAUGGAAGUGGGACAGUAUAUCUUUGUCAAUUGCCCCUCAGUGUCUUUCUGGGAGUGGCACCCUUUCACCUUGACCUCAGCACCCGAGGAACCUUUUUUCUCUAUCCAUAUUCGGGCAGCAGGGGACUGGACAGAGAGUCUUAUAAGGGCAUGUGAACAACAGAAUUCCCCAAUGCCCAGGCUGGAAGUAGAUGGUCCCUUCGGCACAGCCAGUGAGGAUGUUUUUCAGUAUGAAGUGGCUAUGUUGGUGGGAGCAGGAAUUGGGGUCACGCCCUUUGCCUCCAUCCUGAAAUCCAUUUGGUACAAGUUUCGACAUGCAGACCACACCCUCAAGACCAAAACGAUUUAUUUCUACUGGAUCUGCAGGGAAACGGGUGCCUUUGCCUGGUUCAAUGACCUGCUGGCUUCCCUGGAACGAGAGAUGGAAGAGUGUGGAAAAGUGGGUUUCUUAAACUAUAGGCUCUUCCUCACCGGGUGGGACAGCAACAUCGCUGGUCAUGCGGCAUUGCACUUUGACAAAUCCACUGAUGUCGUGACGGGUUUGAAACAGAAAACCUCCUUUGGGAGACCUAAGUGGGACAAUGAGUUUUCUGCUCUAGCUGCUGCCCAUCCCAGGUCAGUGGUAGGGGUUUUCCUGUGUGGCCCCCAGACCCUGGCAAAGAGCCUACGAAGGUGUUGUAACCACUACUCCAGCUUGGAUCCCAGGAAGGUCCGGUUCUAUUUCAACAAGGAAAACUUCUAAGUGGAGGAGACAAAAGAAGAGCGGCUGGUCAUGAACUCCUGGCUUCUUUUUGUGCCCCCACAUGGCGAUGUUAUGCCUGGGCAAAUGACGGUGCUCUUCCACCGGGUUCUAAUGGUCUGGUCUUUACAUUCGACCCACACCUCCUCAAUAUGGGGACAGCAGGCUCCUGGGCCUUCCGCCAUGCCUCUGCUUCUACCUCCGACUAUGGGGGAGAUGCCCUCCGUCAUUUCCUCUCCACCUGCAUCCCCCUGUGCCGGAUGGCCUCCUAGUCACUCUUGAAAGCCUGGCUCUCAUGGAACUUCUCAGAAAGCCCGUCCAGGUCGAUGACAACGAGCUCUCUGUUGGACCUCACCUGGCAUUUGGUUUUGUACUUUUAUGCGCUAGGCCAACAUUACUUUGUAUUUUAACACUCUGUGGCACAGCCCUCUGCUUGUCUGGGAGCUCCAUGUGACAUCUCUAAUUGGACGAUCCAUAGGCAUCUUAAACUCAACAGAUCCAAAAUGGAACUCCUGAUCUUCUCCCCUAAACCUGCCCCUCUUUCCAACUUCCCUAUUGCCAUCCUCCCAGUCAUCCAUGAUUCCAACCUCAGUGUCCUCCUCACAUUCCUCACUCUCCCCCCACACGUAUCCAAUCUUGUUGUUUCUUUCUUCACCUCUCACACGAGUUCCCUGCUCUGCACGUGACCCACCAUGGUCAGGCCCUCAAAACCUCUCACUUAGACUAUAGCAAAAGCUUUCCGAUUGGUGUCCUUGCUUCGAGUCUAUCUCCACUCCAACCCGUCUUCCAUUCAGCUACCAAAGUGAUUUUCCCCAAGCACAGGUCUGGCCAUGGCAUUUUCUAUCCCCCACCCCAAAAAACUCCAGUGACUCCUCCAUUUGGUGAAUUUGACCCCUUCCUGCCAGCUUGGAUUCCUCUCCAGAGACUCCACCAUCCAGCAAGCCUGGCCAGCCUUGUGGCUGUUGCUCGCCUGGACUACUCUCACCUUCGUCACCACCACCUCCUAGCUUGCUGAAUUCCUCCAAGGUUUAGCUCAAAUCCCACUUUCUGCAGAAGUCCCCCCCCCCAAGCUAGUGCCUUCCCUCGGAAGAUUCCCUUCCAUCUACUCUGUAUGAAGAGGGGGGGUUUGGGGUGCUGCUA